AUUCUCUCAAUUAUUUUAUGCACCCUUCCAAUAGCUGCAUUAUCACUUGCACUUUAGUGUCUAAUAGAGAUCACCUUAAUCACUCAGAAGAUGGCUUGUUUUGUUUAAUAAUGAACUUCAUUUAUAUCGCAGUUUUCGCUUUGUUCCUUGUCACCAGCAUUGUUGCGAUUUCACUGCUCACUUCGUGCGAGAUAACACGUACUCAGGCACAGGGAUUUCCUCUCUUAAGUAAGAUCUCCUGGAUUUCCCUUUUUUUAAAUCUCUAUGCUUUGAAGCCCUGAAUUUCAUCCGCCAUCUCCCUGGGCAAUGCUUGUUUGUCUUCCGAUCCUCCUGGACUGCUCUGGUCCUGCUUCGAAACCCCUUCCACCUCCGUUACCUUUGCAUUACCUGCCCCCAGUAUCCUCAUUCUCACAGGACAUCAUACUCCUACUUUUGUCUCAAACUUGCCCGAUGCUUAAAAGAGGAAGACACAAGAGACUGCCCGUGCUGGAAUUUCAAGCAAAAGCUUCUUUUUUCGUGGCUUCCGGGGACGUGAAAGAUGCAACCAGUCACUGAGAGCCAGCGAGAGGGAAAACCUGAUUGGGAGCGGAGGGCGUGAGCCCGAGGAAGGAGUGCGAGUGAGAGAGGCCGGCGGCUCCCGCUCCGGGAUCCGCACUCCGGGCUUUGGGCGCGGCCGGCGGUGCUGCUGUUUACCUGGAGCGCCGAGCUGGGUCUCUGCUUCGGAGCUGGAGGAGCAGCAGCAGGAGGCGGCGGCUGCGGGAUCUGCCGGCGGUGUCGAGGGGCAGCGGCGCCGUGCGUUCAUGAAAGUUAGCUGCGAUUUUCGUGUCAGAGCUGGGAACAACAUUCAACAUGUUAAAGUGAAGGAAAAGAACUCCAUAUUGAACAUGCUAAAACGAUUGGACAAAAUAAGAUUUAGAGGACAGAAGAGGGAUGAAAUACUCGAUCUUGUAGAAUCUCCCAAUGCAUCAGACAAUGAAUGUGGUGAUGAAAUUCCAGCAAAGCCUGCUCGAUGCUCAAUAAAAGAUUCUGAGGAAUUAAAGGAUUCUACAGCCACGGGGUCAUCGAUUAUGGCUUUAGGAGUUCAAGAUUUCAACAGAACAGAGUCUGAACGACUGAAUGAGAUCAAAGGACAUCUUGAAAUUGCUCUGUUGGAAAAACAUUUUUUGCAGGAGGAAUUACGGAAGCUUAGAGAAGAAACGAACGCUGAAACUCUAAAGCAGGAACUAGAAAAGGAAAAGUUAAAGAGAAUAGAGCUGGAACAGAAAAUUUCUGAUGUGCUUAAAAUCAGAGGUGAAGACUCAUCAAGUCAGCAGUCUGCAAAAGUGCAAACUUCAAUGAAUGGAACAGAAAAACGUGGUCGGACAUUCUACUCCAAGAUUCAAAAAUGGUUCUUUGAGAAGUUUUCAGAGUAUAUUGAAGAUUUUCAAUUCCAACAAGAAGAGAUCCCUGUAGAAACUGAAGAGCCACUUAGCGCAAAACGAUUAACUGAAAAUAUGAGAAGAUUAAAACGAGGUGCCAAACCAGUUACCAGUUUCUUAAAGAACCUGUCAGCCUUAUCAAAUUGGCACUCUGUAUACACGUCAGUAAUUGCCUUUAUUAUCUACAUGAAUGCUGUAUGGCAUGGCUGGGCCAUUCCAAUGUUCUUAUUUCUAGCCAUUUUGAGGUUAUCUCUAAAUUAUCUCAUUGCAAGGGGUUGGAGGAUUCAAUGGAGUAUUGUGCCCGAAGUGUCAGAUCCUGUGGAGCCUUCAAAAGAAGAUCUCACUGUAUCUGAAAAAUUCCAGCUGGUGCUUGAUGUUGCACAAAAAGCACAGAAUCUUUUUGGCAAGAUGGCAGAUGUACUGGAAAAAAUUAAGAACUUAUUUAUGUGGGUGCAUCCAGAAAUAACACAGAAGUUGUACAUGGGCUUAUGGCUCCUCUUUAUUGCAUCUUGCUUCUUUCCAUACAGAAUUCUUGGUCUCUUUAUAGGACUUUAUGGAGUCAGUUUUUUUCUCAUUGACUUUAUCUUCAAACGAUGUCCAAAGCUUCGAGAAAAAUAUGAUACUCCUUAUAUUAUGUGGAAGAAUUUACCUACAGAUCCUCAGCUAAAAGAAAGAGCAAAUGCUAUUCUAACAAGAAGGAUUCCAACGGUUGUGUCAAGGUCAACGUAACUGCCCCAAUGCCAUGUCUGUUUAUAGUCGGGAGAUGAUGGUGCACGUUCACACAGCAAGAAGAGCAGCUUCAGUGAGAUUUUCAGUUUGGCAGAGAAUGAACGUCCUUUACCAGUAUGUGAAAACGGAUGGCGCUGCUGUCUAAUUAACAGGGACAAGAAGAUACCGACUGACUAUAUUCGACAUGGUUUUCUCUAUGUAACGGAAAAUUAUUUAUGCUUUGAAAGCUCCAAAUCUGGGUCAUCCAAGAAAAAUAAGAUAAUAAAAUUAAAAGAAAUUACAGAAAUUCAAAAGUACAAAGUUCUGUCAGUUUUACCUGGAUCAGGAAUGGGCAUUUCAAUAACUACUCCAUAUACGCAAAAGCCACUGGUAUUUGGUGCUAUGUUACACAGGGAUGAAGCCUUUGAAGCAAUAAACUGUCAAUAUACCAAAAUAGCAUCCAGCGUAUCCAGUAAUGAAACCUAACCACAUGCUUUCCAAUAAGGAAUAAUUUAUGUGUACAAUAUUGUUGAAAUGAGCAAUUGGACAAGAACCUCUAUUAUCUGUUUGAUGAUAUUUGCGAUGGAUUUUGUACCUAAUUGGAAUAGAUGGUUUAUAAUCUAUAUAUUUUUUAACUUGCUGUUUAGUUAUUUUACAUUUUGGUGAGAGUUUUGCACAAAAGUGCUGUUACUAUCAUAGUAAUCCCCGCACAGUAAGCACUUUUGGCAUUUGUUUACAGACAUUUUAAAUGUUAGACUAAAUUGGAGUAGGAUAAAAUUGAGUUUUUUUAAUUAAAAAAGAAAACAAUGUAAGAUAAAAUUUGAACUAAAAAGUGCAAAAUCUGAAUGCCAAGAUUGUAUACAUUUCAGUGUCCAUUUCCGGUGACGAGUAUUGUUUUAAGUAAUAUUCUUUUCAAAAGGAAGUAGGAAGCUAAGGUAAAGCAGAAAGAUAAGGAAAGUUAGGCAGAAAUUGUGGAGAGAGAAUCAGAAUUAAUGUAUCAGAUCAAAGUCUUCUUAUUAGAAUUGGAAAAUAACUGAAGUAUGUGAUUAAAUUACACCCCGAAUCUCAAGUCUGGACAGUAUAGACAUUAAGUAAUUGUUCAGAACCUUGUGCACAUAAUAAUUGAUUAAAUAUUUACAUGAUAUGAGAUAUAGUCAUUUUUUUAUUAUAUCACAAACCACUGCAGAAGUAAUCUCAUCCAGUGUUUCCAUUGGUAGUAAAAUAUAAUUAUGGAAGCAAAUUCUUUUUCUUUUAGUAAUGAUACUUAUGUUGCAAGUUGCAGUUGACAACCUGUUCAGAUUAUGUUUUGGGUUUGAAAGUUUCAUUCCCACUCCUUUUGCAGGCUUUACUCCAAUGUUGCCAUACAGCUAUAUGAAAAAUGAGCAUUUUGAAUAAUUCUUCCAAUGAGCAGAAAUUAAAUGUUACUUCCACAUCUUUUUCAACUCAAUAUCCUCAUACUUCCUGCCUGCUAGCUCCUUUCAGAAAGAUCCGCCCUUGACGAAGACCUUCUUUGACGUAAUUUUUCCAUUCUUGACAAAUGCAACAGACCAAGUUUAUCUGAUUGCAAUAUGCUCUUCUGUGGAGGGGAAAGACCAUCUCUUUAGAUAGAAACUAUAUUACUAAGAUUACGUCCUGACCUUUUUUAAAAUUGGCGAAUCAAUUUUCAAGGCAUGCUCAUUGGGCCAUGCAUAGAAGUGGUGUCCAUUAAUACCAUCUGAUAUUCCUUUUCUCCAUGUGCAAAGAAGCCUGCCUUUGUUCACUGUCAAGAGAUAAAACAGUUUGGAAACUUGCUGAUAGAAGGCACAGACAUGAAACCACAUUCUGGAUCUCAGUGAUAUGGUUCAAAGAUAUUGUACAUUGGCUUUGAGGAUUUCUAUCUAAUUCCUUUCUAAUUUGUUUUUUGCUUCAGUUCAGGAUGGGGUUUAUCUGCACAGCUGUUUGAAAAUUUUCAUGGCAGAUGUCCAUACAAAUCAUGCUGCAGCAGAAAUCCCCAUUCCUUUCUGGCAUGUAGCAAAUUCUUCCUGUCAUUUCAGUGAUCUGAUGCAGCAAAUGCUCUGUGCCAUUGCACACACUCACAGAAUUCAACAUCAUACACUUAUAAUCAAGGUCAUUGGAAAGUAACUUUAAUAUGAUGUGACCAACAAGCCUCCAGUGGAUAUAGCCUUCAAGAAACUGCAGAGUUGCUGGUUAUUAAUACUUAAGACUUUAUGACCCAUUUUACUUUUACAUGUGCUCAUAGAAUUACACUGACUGCAUAAAAAUGCCUGACCAUGCAGAAUAUUUUUCACUUUAUCUGGGCUUGUUCAAGGUUUAAUUCAUUGAAACUUUUAAUUGAACAUUAUUAAUGCUGCAAACACUGGAAUAUAAAUAGUAGUGGGUUUGUGAUAUAUAGUUACGUGAUACAAACAUUUGCCAAGCUCCCUUUAGUUUACUAUUAAUGUGGGAAUGUUUACUGAGGGCUAAUUUUUCAGCUUCUGUAUAAGAAGUGCAUUUGCUAGUUUGGAUUCCUUGUAGGAUACACACUAGCAACUAAUUUAAAUUUAAAGUAAUGUGAACAACUUUGUAAAGAAAAACAUCAACUGGUAGUUUUCAACUAAUGCAAUUUAUUUUCUUAAUAACCCCAAUUACAAAAAAGCAGUUGCCAUUCUUGUUGAUGUACAUUAGAUAUGUUGACUGUUUACAUAUUGAAAGUUGUGCAUAAUUGUUUUUGGUAUCAUGUAAAACUUUUGUGUAAAUGCAGAAAAUAUAAAUGGAUCCAGGAAAUGUAACUUAAGCCUAUAAAAUCUGCAAGCUUUGGAUCAUGUUUAUUCUAAAAUGAAAAAAAAGUCUUGUAAAAAGUCAUGCAGAUUUUUAUUUGAAAUAAAUGGU